AAACACACCCUGCCAACUCCAUCUACUUCAUCCUUGACAUCUGCCACGGAUUUCGGUCAACCUGUCUGAUCGUUGCUCCCUUAUCCCAUCUCCCCUCAGUCACUCACUCUCCGGAAGUUUAUCGACUGGAAAAGGUGAAGGUUGGAUUUCCGUCGCCACCAUGGGGAUAGGGAGCUAUUUCAAGGCCAAGAAGCCGGAGCCGGCAGGCCAACAACAUGCUGCCUCAACACCAUCGAGAGGUCGUCAACCUUCCACUGGGAACACACAAGCCGGUCAGGACGAUGGCGACAUACUCGCCCCUCCGCAGAUCCGCUAUGGGUCUAGAUCUCGCUCGGCAACGCGCUCUAUGAUGUCGUCAACCAGCUCCGUGAUCCUAGAAGAUAUCAAGCAUGAGGUCAUGGUCAACUAUCUCUACCAGCAACAAUGCUCGUACCUAUGGGUAGCAAAUGGCAGUGGCGAGAUCGAGGGUGUGCUUCUUCGAAAAUCCAGAGGCCAGUACAUGGCCUGCCCGCCGGCCUUGGGGAACUCGCCCUUCGCCAUGGCGUGUGCUGCUCUCAAUGUUCAGUGUGCAAUGACUGUCAACUCACGAGUCAUCAAGACCUUCCUCCAAUGGUCGCCAGAUGCUGUCGAUGUCCCGCUUCUGAACGGCCUGCGAGUCCAAAUUCUGCCCACCAUCGAAGACCUUCCUCGUGCCAGGAAACACCAGUUUGCCGCCUUUAUCGCGUCCGAGGGGUUGCUGGUGGUUUGGGAUGACGACGCACUCCAUCUGAUCCCGAGAGCCAAGGAAAUUGAGUCCGAGCUUAUGCAGCUCGUGUGGAAGACUGGUGAGCCUGGUGAGAUGGAUGAGAAGGCCAAUCCCAUUGUGGGCGCUACCGAGAUUGACGAGGAAAGCGGCGAGCCGAGGCCCGAAGCACGACCGGUCCACCUGCUCAACACCUACCUCGUCAGUAUCACGAUGGCGGUCGUCACAGUGUCUUUGGGAGCAGCCUGGAGGCAGUUGGCGAUCGAGGUCAUGGUCGACGGCGAUUACGUCCGUUUGGCUCUCGUUGCGCUGGCGCCCGUACAAAUCUUCUUCACUCUCUUCUUCGCUCAGGUCAUUAUCGGUUGUCUGGCCCAGAUCUUUGGACCCAUCAAGCAGCUCUCGGUCAACUCCAGGUUCUACUCGGCCAAGCCACCACCGAGAUUGCAGACAGCCGUCCUUCCCCAUGUUACAGUUCAGUGUCCCGUGUACAAGGAGGGCCUCAGUGGUGUCAUUGCCCCUACGGUCAAAUCCAUCAAGCAUGCCAUGUCCACUUAUGAGCUUCAGGGAGGUUCAGCCAACAUGUUCAUCAACGACGACGGUCUGCAGUUGCUUUCGGAAGAAGAUCGUCAAGCCCGUAUUGACUUUUACGCAGACCACAGCAUUGGCUGGGUUGCACGCCCGCGACACGGCGAGAAUGGUUUCCAGCGUCGCGGAAAGUUCAAGAAGGCGUCCAACAUGAAUUAUGCCCUCAUGAUCUCCUGCAAGGUGGAAGAAAAGCUCGCCCAAGUUUCCAGACACUCCGAGUGGUCUCAGCAUGACGAAGCCCAAGCGUAUGAAAGGGCGCUAAAGGACGUUCUCGAGGAAAACGGUCGGGCAUGGGCCGACGGUAACAUCCGCAUGGGCGAUUAUAUCCUCCUCAUUGACUCCGACACCCGUGUUCCUUCCGACUGCCUUCUGGACGCCGUCUCCGAAAUGGAACAGUCCCCUGACGUUGGUAUCAUGCAGUUCUCGUCUGGUGUCAUGCAAGUGGUGCAUACCUACUUCGAAAACGGCAUCACCUUCUUCACUAACCUCAUCUACACGGCCAUUCGUUACACCGUCUCCAACGGCGACGUUGCCCCCUUUGUUGGUCACAAUGCCAUUCUACGCUGGUCCGCCAUCCAGCAAGUCUCGUACGAAGACGAAGACGGCUACGAGAAGUUCUGGUCCGAAAGUCACGUGUCCGAAGAUUUCGACAUGUCUUUGCGCUUGCAAUGCAACGAUUACAUCAUCCGUUUGGCCGCCUGGGCUGGUGAUGGCUUCAAGGAGGGUGUCUCGCUUACCGUGUACGACGAACUGGCUCGCUGGGAAAAGUACGCCUAUGGCUGCAACGAGCUGCUCUUCUACCCCAUCAGGAAGUGGAUCUGGAAGGGCCCCUUCACCCCCCUCUUCCGCCGGUUUCUGUUCUCCAACAUCCGCUUCACUUCCAAGAUCACCAUCAUCUCCUACAUCGGCACCUACUAUGCCAUUGGCGCUGCGUGGAUUUUGACGUCCGUCAACUACUUCCUCAUGGGCUGGUACAAUGGGUUCCUGGACAAGUACUACGUCGACUCGUGGCAGGUGUGGUUCUCCAUCAUUCUCGUCUUCAACGGCCUGGGCAAUGUCGCAUUGGCCGUGAUGAGAUACAGAGUCGGGGAGAGGAGCAUUCUGGGGUCGAUCCUUGAGAACUUCAAGUGGACGCUCAUGUUGGCCAUUUUCCUCGGUGGGCUGUCGCUGCAUGUGUCUCAGGCGCUAUUGGCGCACAUGUUUGAAAUUGACAUGACGUGGGGUGCGACGAGUAAGGAGGCCGAAUUUUCAAAUUUCUUUAUUGAGGUGCCGAAGGUGUUGAAAAAGUUCAAAUUCUCCAUGCUCUUCUCCAUCGGAUUCAUCAUCGGCAUGGUCAUCCUCGCCACGGCGCCCUUUAUUCCUCACUCGUGGCACAUUACCGAUUUCGUGGCCAUCUUGCCUAUGGCAACGGUCGCGGCCAGCCAUCUGUUGUUGCCGCUGGCGUUGAACCCGGCUUUGAUGACUUUCUCGUGGUGAGGUCGGUUGCAAUGGGAGUGGAGGCAAAUGAAGGGAAACGUAAAGGAAGAACACACAUUUCUGGAAAGAAUUCUAUGGAAGUAAUAAGAUCCGGUAUACUACUAGAAUGGGGAUAUAUCACUUGGA